UAAAAAUCAGGACAAUCCUCACCAUAUUGAGGCAAUUGAAACAAAUUCGAUAUGUUGAACCAAGGGGUGAAGUUGUAUAUCCAAGAUAAUCAUGUGGUGAUGGACAAUGGCAUAGUCCAAGUUACAAUAUCCAAACCAGAUGGAACUGUCACUGGAAUUCAAUAUCAGGGGAUCGACAACUUGCUGGAAGUUCGUAACAAAGAAUCUGAUAGAGGGUAUUGGGAUCUUGUUUGGAGUGAAGAAGGAAUGCCUGGAACAACUGGAACAUCUUAUGUGAUCAAAGGAACAAAAUUUCAAGUCAUAGUAGAAAAUGAGGAACAAGUAGAAGUUUCUUUCACAAGAAUGUGGGAUUCCUCAUUAGAAGGCAAGCGAGUUCCCUUAAACAUAGACAAGAGGUUCAUAAUGCUCUGGAACUCCUCCGGCUUCUACUCCUAUGCUGUCUAUGAGCACUUGGAGGAAUGGCCUGGAUUUAACCUCCCGCAGACCAGGAUCGUUUUCAAGCUUAGGAAAGACAAGUUUCAAUACAUGGUGGUGGCCGAUAACCGGCAACGACACAUGCCUCUGCCGGACGACCGGGCGCCUAAAAGAAGUGAGGAGCUGGCUUACCCUGAAGCUGUCUUGCUUGUUAAUCCUGUUGAGCCAGAGUUCAAAGGGGAGGUGGAUGACAAGUACCAGUACUCAGCUGAGAACAAAGAUCUUUAUGUUCAUGGAUGGAUAUGCUUCGAUCCACCUGUUGGAUUUUGGCAAAUUACACCGAGCAAUGAGUUCCGGUCUGGAGGACCAAUGAAGCAGAACCUCACUUCUCACGUUGGCCCGACAAAUCUUGCUAUGUUUCUCAGUGCCCAUUACGCCGGAGAAGACAUGGUGUUGAAGCUUAAACAGGGAGAACCAUGGAAGAAAGUCUUCGGCCCUGUUUACUAUUAUCUUAACACUUUAAUGGAUAAUAACAACGACCCAAAUUGGCUAUGGCAAGAUGCAAAAGAACAGAUGAUGGUUGAAGUUCAGAGCUGGCCAUACAGCUUUCCAGCCUUGGAGGAUUUUCCAAAAUCAGAUCAAAGGGGAAGCAUUAGUGGCAGAAUACAAAUCAGAGACAUAUAUCUCAGCAAUGACUAUAUAUCAGCAAACGGUGCUUUUGUGGGGUUGGCUUCACCUGGAGAAGUUGGUUCAUGGCAAACAGAAUCAAAGGCCUACCAAUUCUGGACCAAAACAGAUGCAGAUGGUUAUUUCUUGAUCUCCGAUAUAAGGUCCGGUGACUAUAAUCUCUACGCUUGGGUUCCAGGUUUCAUCGGAGAUUACCGGAAUAGUUCUCUCAUCACCAUUACUCCAGGAUGUGAUAUGGACUUGGGUAAUCUUGUUUAUGAACCUCUGAGAGAUGGUCCAACAUUGUGGGAAAUCGGCAUCCCUGAUCGUUCAGCCGGUGAAUUCUACAUCCCUGAUCCUGACCAGAAGUACAUCAACAGCUUGUACGUGGGUCAUCCGGACAGAUUCCGGCAAUAUGGUUUGUGGGAAAGAUACACAGAACUAUACCCUGAGGGAGAUUUGGUUUACAGAGUUGGUACCAGUGAUUACAAAACUGAUUGGUUCUUCGCUCAAGUCCCCAGAAAGAAGGACGACAGUACAUACGUAGGAACGACAUGGCAAAUCAAAUUCAGUCUUGAUAACGUCGACAGAACUCAAACCUAUAAACUCCGGUUGGCUCUGGCCACCGCAUACGUAGCAGAGUUGCAGGUCCAGUGCAACAAUCAGACGGCCGACCCUCCCCUGUUUUCCACCGGAGUAAUCGGCCACGACAACACCAUAGCGCGGCACGGGAUUCACGGACUUUACCGACUCUUCAACGUGGACAUCGCCGGAGCUCUGUUUGUCCAGGGAGAAAAUACCAUUUUCUUGACACAGAAAAUGUGCAGCAGCCCUUUACAGGGAAUCAUGUAUGACUAUAUUCGUCUAGAAGGGGAAUAUGUAAACUAAAAGAAGAAGAAAAAAAGUAUAAAUUAAUUCUAUUACU